AUGGCUUAUAUGACACGACUUGGACUUUGGGGUCCAGGAUUGACAUUUGGAACCUUUGGAGAAUUUAUUCAUUCUGUAGAGAACCGAGGUGUUGGUGCAAUGGAAAUGGUGGCUAUGGACAUUAAGUUGCGUGGUCUUUACCUUUCAAGACAAUUAUCGUUUAGAGGGGCCGAUUUUUAUGUUGAAGAAAUUCCGUUAUCUCGCGAUUUCAUCAAUGUGUAUGACGAAUCGGCUAAAUUAUGGAUGGAAUGUAGACGACAAUUUGCGAAAGCAUUAAACCAAAUCCCCGACUCAAGCGCUGGACGUCAAAAUAUUUGGGCACGUUUCUGGGGUGCACAUCAACGCUUCUUCAAAUAUUUGUGUAUUUCUGCAAAAGUCGAUGCUUGUGUUCGAAUAUCCUUACAAGCAAUAAAAGAUGGAAAAUGUGUUGUUAUUGGACUUCAAUCAACUGGGGAAUCACAUAUUUUGGAUUUUUUGGAAGAAAAUGGAGAGGUUACUGAAUUUGUUAGUACAGCAAAAUCUGUUUUACAAUCUUUGGUUGAAAAUCAUUUUCCAACACAUAAUGAUAGUAGUGCUAUUGAUGAUUUUCAAAGAAUGUUUUUGUGUAGUUCUAGACAUAGGAAAAGAAAAAGAAGCUCAAAUUUUACGGGAGAAAAUUAUUCAGAGGAAUAUGGACAUAAAAGAUCAAAAAGUGGUUUAUCUUUAAUUCAAAGUGAAUUGAGUGAAAGAUUAACUGCUGAACGUGAAAGUGGUGGAAAUAGUGAAUAUGAGGAUGGGGAAAAUAGUGAAUAUGAUGAAGAUGAUUAUAGUGAAGUUAAUACAUCUGGGAGUGGAGAUGAGGAAAAAGAAGAGGAAGAGAGUGAUGAAGCGAAUUCUGAAUUUUCUGAAUCUGAUGGAGAGGAUGAGGAUGUUGAUAGCGAUGAAGAAGAGCUUGAACGUCUUGUUUGUUCAGAUUCAAAAAAACCAGCAAAGAAAACGAUUUCUAACGAUGAAGAAAUUAACCCAUUUUCUGACCCUUGGGCAGAUGUUCAAGGUACUUCAGAGGAUACGACACCCUUGCCAGAAAUUGAGAAUAUCCCGAAAAUUUCAAAAAAGAAGAAAGCAAAGAAGCACAAAAAGUCUUCAGAAUUGGUGAAAAAGCAUAUACCUUUGUUGAAGCCUGAAAUAUCAAAUGUGACGUGUACUGAAACAGCCGAACAAUUUGUAAAUUCCUUAAACGGAAUAGGUGAUUCAUGUGAAGAUGAUGACGGAAGUGUCAAUUUAACAGAAAUCAAAACAAAUUUACUGGCAGCAAUCGAAAGAUUAGGCAAAUUACUUCCCCCAAACACUUUGGAUAGCCUAAUAAAUUUACUUGGUGGGCCAAAAUAUGUUGCAGAAUUAACUGGAAGACGUGGACGUGUUGUUGCUAGAGUUGGAACGGGGGAUGUUGAAUAUGAAUUGAGAACUGCAGAUUCUGAAAUUUGUUUGGAAAUGAUGAAUAUUGCUGAAAAGGAUAAAUUUAUGAGAGGAGAAAAAUUGGUUGCGAUAAUUUCGGAAGCUGCUAGUUCAGGGAUUUCUUUACAGUCAGACAAACGAGCUCCAAACAGAAGAAGACGUGUUCAUAUAACUUUAGAAUUGCCUUGGUCAGCAGAUAAGGCUAUACAACAAUUUGGCCGUACACAUCGUUCAAACCAAGAAAGCGCCCCAGAAUAUUUAUUUUUAAUUUCUGAAUUGGCUGGAGAAAAACGUUUUGCCUCAAUUGUCGCAAAACGUUUAGAAUCUUUGGGAGCCUUAACUCAAGGGGAUAGACGUGCAACAGAAUCUAGAGAUUUGAGUCAAUUUAAUAUUGAUAACACUUAUGGAAGGGAAGCUUUAAAUGUUUUAUUGAGGACUCUAACUGGGGCAUGUGAACCUAUUGUGCAACCACCAAAAGAUUAUGACAGUGGAGGAGAUUUUUUUAAAGAUAUGCAAAUUUAUUUGGAAGGUGUAGGAAUGAUUUGUUCUUUACAGAAUGGACGUUAUGCAAUCGAAAGAGAUUCAAAUUCAAUACCAAAAUUUCUAAAUCGUUUGUUGGGAUUCCCAGUUUAUGCGCAAAACAAACUUUUUCAAUAUUUUACGGAUAUUUGUGAAGAAUUAAUUAAACAAGCUAAAGUUGAUGGAACUUUUGAUAUGGGAAUAUUAGAUCUUGGUAUAGAAUGCGAUCGAGUUCAAAAGAAAGAAUCAAGAAAGUUUAAAGGAACGGGGAAAACUGGAGACUUUACAGUCGAAUUACACAAAAUUAGCUUGCUGAGAAGUGUUUCAUGGGAGGAAGUCCAACAAUUGAACAAAAAACACAAGGGUUACAAAGACGGUUUUUAUACCUCAACUGUUGGUUUACACGGAAAAAGAAGUGUUGCAUUCAUUUUUGGAAUGGGUGUUGGGGGAAAUAUGUCAACUACACCUGCUGGGGCUCCUCGUCUUUAUUGUGUAACGAGACCUAAUACUGGAAGAAGUCCAAAAUAUGAACUUUUGAGUGAAUUGUUGCUAAGAUUUGACCCGAUAUCUGAUGAAGAAGGGGAAGAAUUGUGGAAAGAACAGUUGGAAGCAUUUUCUAAAAUGUGUCAUCAUCGUUAUUAUUUUGGAAAAUGUAAUGCUGAACAACAACGAGGAAUAUUUUGUGAAGUUGGCCGUCAAUCUCGAACAUAUUUUGUUUUGUCGGGCUCUUUAAUUUGUGUUUGGCCAGAAUUGGAAUUAAUUUUGUCAGAUUCUGGAAAAUUAAAAAGAUUGAGAAGAAUUCAAAUUGUUAGGGUUAAAACGGACAAUAAUCAACGAAUUGUUGGUGUUCUUGUACUGCCAAAUUAUGUGCAAAAAUUAGUUCAUUUAUUAGAAGAACGUUGUGCGGGUAGUAAUAAUAAUCGUAUAAUUCAGGGAAGAACUUAA